GGAUAUUAAUCGUUAUUAAAGGUGUGUUCACAUUUGCUUUAUUUUGCCAUAUUGAAAUAGAGCUUUCAAAGGUUUCAUUUUCUGAUGUGAGGAAGACAAGCACUUGUGAAGAGUUCUAAUAGAGCCUUUGGCUGGAGAAAUAUAUAGCUGAUAAUUUGUGCAUUUGCAGGUUUCUGGGCACUGGCUUUAAAGUAUUCAGACCCAGAUUUCACACCUCUAAUGCAGAACUUAAAAGGAAUUUCAUGAGUAGCUGGACCCCUAAAUUCUUAAAGAGCUUCAUUUGUUGGUGUUGGUGCUAAGGUAACUGGAAACGCUAGAUAAUCUACCAGCUCUCUUUUCAGUGUUCUGUAACAGUGUUGGCAACAUUUUUAAAAGUACAGUUCUACCUCAUAGCAGAAUUGUUGAAUUACUGGUGAGGCCAAGUAUGUUAUAAGGUAUUUUUUAAGAACGCUUUAGAGCUACAUCCAACAUACAGCCAGUUUAAAGAAUCACCAGUAGCCAUCAGGAGUUGGUACUUAAUUGUGAUCAUUGUAGGUCUUUUUUCAUUUGUAAGUUCCGUUUUAUAUAUUUUUAGCCAGUUGAAGUAUCAUUUGAUAUGGUCUUGUCUGUAGUGCAGGAAAGCAGAAAAGUGACUUUAAGAAGCCAAUUGCCCAAAUUGAUUUAAAUGUAAUUCUGAUAUCUGGCUGAGUGACCUUUUCAGAAAUUGAAACAAAGAUCAUAGUGAUAGAAGAAGUAAAAGACCAUUUCUUUAAUGCCCAUUGUUUCAUAAAAGCAACAAAUGUCCAUAAUUUUCUUGGCCUGCUCUUUUUAAUGAUUACCAUAAUUUAGGCUUUUGUUAGAGACAAACUUGUUAUUUAGAAAUAUCAAAGGUAUACUGGUGGCUAUCAUACUAAUUUAGUGAUUUUUACUUUGGUAACAUGCUAAUUUCUAAAAUUUUAUUUUUGUUUUGUUUAUAGCAGAAAAAUAUGGCUCAGGAGACUAACCAGACCCCAGGGCCCAUGCUGUGUAGUACAGGAUGUGGCUUUUAUGGGAAUCCUAGGACAAAUGGAAUGUGUUCCGUUUGCUACAAAGAACAUCUUCAGAGGCAGCAGAAUAGUGGCAGAAUGAGCCCAAUGGGAACAGCUAGUGGUUCCAACAGUCCUACCUCAGAUUCUGCAUCUGUACAGAGAGCAGACACGAGUUUAAACAACUGUGAAGGUGCUGCUGGCAGCACAUCUGAAAAGUCAAGAAAUGUGCCUGUGGCUGCCUUGCCUGUAACUCAGCAAAUGACAGAAAUGAGCAUUUCAAGAGAGGACAAAAUAACUACCCCGAAAACAGAGGUGUCAGAGCCAGUUGUCACUCAGCCCAGUCCAUCAGUUUCUCAGCCUAGUACUUCUCAAAGUGAAGAAAAAGCUCCUGAGUUGCCCAAACCAAAGAAGAACAGAUGUUUUAUGUGCAGAAAGAAAGUUGGCCUUACAGGGUUUGACUGCCGAUGUGGAAAUUUGUUUUGUGGACUUCACCGUUAUUCUGACAAGCACAACUGUCCAUAUGAUUACAAAGCAGAAGCUGCAGCAAAAAUCAGAAAAGAGAAUCCAGUUGUUGUGGCUGAAAAAAUCCAGAGAAUAUAAAUUACUACUUGUGAAGAGACUGAAACUUUGUUUUUAUUUUAAUAUAUCGUAGGAAAACAUUAAAGAGCAGAUGCAUGGCCAUUUUCCUUUGAUGUUCUCCAGAGUUUUACUUUACACUUGUCUGUCUUAUAAUUGAAAUUUUAGGAUGUUUGGGUGUUUGUUACAGGCAGAAAUGGAUAGAUACAGCCCUACAAAAUGUAUAUGCCCUCCCCUGAAUAAAAUUGGAUGAAAAUCUGCACAGCAAAUUGAAAUACACAGACGAUAGGGACAAAAUUUCGUUCCCACGUGCCAAACAUAAUACAUGAAAUCUCUGCAUGUUUGCAGCAUAUCUGCCUUUUGGGAAUGUAAUCAAGGUAUAAUCUUUGGCUAGUGUUAUGUGCCUGUAUUUUUUAAAAAAUGGUACACCAGAAAAGGACUGGCAGUCUACUUCUACCAUAGUUAAACUUCACCCUGUUAAUUUCCACAACGUGUUCUUUGGAAGCAGGAGGAAAGCUAUAAAGAGGAUCAGACCUUUCCAUGAAACCAGUAUAUGGUGCCAUAUGUAAGCCUGGUUAAUUUGUCUUCUAAAAGCUGUCAAAUAAGACCUUCUACAAAAGGUAAACAUCGCAACUGGUUAUCAUGAGUAAAGCCAUCAGGCCAACAGGGUCUUGAGCUAUCUUUGGAGCUUAUCAUGCUGGCCUGCACCAGAAGAUGUCUGCAUUACUCUCAUUGCUAAAAAUGUUGCGUAGCACAGAACUGCACUAGGAUUAAUUUGUUUACAAGAAGAAAUUAAAACUACAUUUGGUUUUUUUACAUACAGCAGCUCUAUCGAAUAACAUGCAUCUGAAUUUUAAGUUGCAAAGGUAUCUGAAAAGUUAAUUUUUCAUGUGCAUCUUUUGUUGAAUGUUUUGGUUCAAGAAAGAAUGUUCAAAGCUUUUUUCAAGACUUCAGUUCUUAAUGUAACUGUACCCUUCUGCAUGGAGAAUCAUAACCAACAUGGCUGCAGUAGACUUCUUAGCGGUAUCCAGCACCACUUGCAGAGGGCUGCUUUAUCAUAUUAAUUGUACUUGGGUGUAGGACUCUAGUGUUCUUGGGUGUAUUGCAUGGGCUGCAUUAUCUACAGCAUUGUACAAUAACAACUAGAAGAGGCAGUAUACUUCACCGAUGCUUGUCUGGUAAUAUCACUUCUGUGUUAUAAUGGAAGGUUUUUGUGAUGUAUGAAACUUGUGUUUUUUUAUAUAUAAAUGAGUAUAGUUAGAUUAGUAUUGUGGUAAUGCCUGUUUUCAUCUGUAAAUAGUUACGUAUGUACACGAGGCACUACUUCUGAUUUAUUGCAGUGUUCAGUCCUAGUUUUUACUUUAAUUAAAGCAUUCAGUUUUGCUUUCAAUUAUUAUGUACCUUAGUUCUGAGUUAGAUCUGCAGAUGUGUACAGAUAGUUCAUAUUUAUGUAUUGCACAUAAUCAUGCUAUUCAGCAUUGAUGCUAUAUUGUAUUAUGUAAAUAAUAAAAGCCAUGUACAGAGGGAA